AUGUCCCAGAGUGGACAUUCUUCAGGUCUUCCUGCAGACAAAAAUAUCUCUUCAAGUGCCACUCAAGUGAUAGUGAAGACUGCAGGCAACCAGAAAGACUUUAUGGUGGCUGACGACAUCUCGGUGAGGCAGUUCAAGGAGAAGCUAUCGGCUCACUUCCAAUGCCAAAUGGACCAACUUGUGCUGGUCUUCAUGGGCCGUCUUCUCAAAGACCAUGACACGCUGAGCCAGAGGGGCAUUAUGGAUGGUCAUACCAUCUACCUGGUCAUCAAGUCCAAGCACGGCUCCAGAUCUCUGGCCCAUUCCUUCCAGGACCUGCCAAUGAAUGAUCCCUGCCACCGGGACAGAAACACUGAAGGAAACAGCAGUGGGGUGCACCAACCAACAGGUAUGAAUGAAGCUCCAGUGGAAUUGGCCCACUAUGUGGGAUCUGAUACACCCAAAGUGUAUACCCAGAACUUGGAAGUGAGCCAUCCAGAGCACAUGGCACAGAUGCUGGAGAAUCCUAGCAUUCAGCGGCUUCUGUCCAACAUGGAGUUCAUGCGGCAGUUCAACUUAGAACACCCAGACACGCAACAAUUGAUGCAGCGGAGCCCAGAGGUUUCCCACCUUCUUGACAAUUCUGAGAUCUUAUGGCAGACUCUGGAGCUGGCCAGGAACCUUGCUACCAUUCAAGAGAUAAUGCAGCUCCACCAACCUUCGCAAAACCUUGAAUAUCCACUGAACCCACAGCCGUAUCUGGUCUUAGAGACAAUGCCAGGUGGGAAUGAUACCCUGGGUCAGAACUGUGCUGAUGUCAAAGAUCAAAUGCUGAACAGCAUGCAAGAUCCUUUUGGAGGAAACCCUUUCACAGCUCUCCUGGCUGGACAAGUGCUGGAACAAGUCCAGUCUUUAUGUCCAACUCCACCACCGUCCCAGGAACGACGAGACCAGCUCCCACAGCAUCCUACAACCCGAGUCAUUUAUAAUAGCUCUCGUGGUUUAUCUUUAAACAUUUCAGCCAAUGACACCCCCAACAAGGUCAACCACACUUCCAAGGUCAACACUGCUACAAUCUCCACCAAGGGCCAUAGCCAUAUCUGUGCCUCUAAGCAGCCAGCUGGGAUACCAGCCUUACCUAGCAUACAGUUUACCCAGCAGCCUCAAGAAGAAUACAAGGAUGCCACUGUUUCUCUAAGUAGCUCCGGACAGAUAUUAGAGGGUGAUCUCCAGCUGUCAGAUGAGCAGACCAGUUCCCAGGUCACAGGAGGCAUGACGCAGUCGCUUAUGAACACCCCCUAG